CUUAAUGCAACUCGGAGUCUUGUUGUUUGUGCGUUUUUUUAAGAACGUGCAAGUUUUUGAAGGUAAAAAAAGUAAAAGAGAUAGAGUUAAAUGUGAAAAAAGUGAGGAUAUGUGAAGCGUAAUAUUGGUGGUAAUAAACCACAGCAAGCAUGUGAGAUGUGUGUUAAUUUAUAUUCAAUGGUUACCAAUAAUUGGAGACCUAAUCAAGGUGCUGAACCGAAUAUGGAUACUAGUGAUUGGAGAGGUCAAUUGCAGCCUGAAUCACGCCAAAGAAUUGUCAACAAAAUUAUGGACACAUUAAAAAGGCAUCUUCCUGUUUCUGGUCAAGAAGGAUUGCAUGAACUUCGGAAGAUUGCCCAAAAGUUUGAAGAUAAGAUUUAUACUGCUGCAACAAGCCAGUCUGAUUAUCUACGGAAAAUAUCUUUGAAGAUGCUUACGAUGGAGACUAAAUCCCAGGGCACUAUUGCCAACAAUAUACCCCCGAAUCAAGUUGGCCCUAGCAAUCAACCUCCUUAUCCAGAUGAUGCAAGUAAAUAUGAUUCUAAACAUGAUCAACUUUCCUUGGACGUGAAGAAGUUUGAAAGCAACAACUCUAGCUGUAAAGUGAAACAAAGUAAUAUUUGUUAUGAUAAAGUCAAAGUUAAUUUGAAUUUGAAUGUGAGUGAGAAAAGGGAAGAUGAUUCCAAAAACGAUCAACUUUCGUUGGACGUGAAGAAUUUUUAUUUAAAAGACGGGGUUUCCACGGAUGAAAAAGUCGCAAAGAUUUUUACUUUUGAUGAGCUUGCAGCUGCAACAAAGAGUUUUAGGGUAGAUUGCUUUGUUGGUGAAGGAGGGUUUGGCAAGGUUUAUAAGGGUUACAUCAAGAAAAUUAAUCAGUUUGUUGCAAUAAAGCAACUUGACCCUAAUGGACUUCAAGGAACAAGAGAAUUUGCUGUUGAAGUGUUAACACUUAGUUUGGCAGAACACCCAAAUCUUGUCAAGUUAUUAGGAUUUUGUGCUGAGGGAGAGCAGAGGCUUUUGGUUUAUGAGUACAUGCCUUUGGGAUCUUUGGAGAAUCAUUUGCAUGAUCUUCCUCCCGGGAAAAAACCAUUGGAUUGGAAUACACGAAUGAGAAUAGCUGCUGGUGUAGCUAAAGGUUUGGAGUAUUUGCAUGAUGAAAUGAAGCCUCCUGUCAUAUACCGUGACCUCAAAUGCUCCAACAUUUUGUUAGGCGAUGAUUAUCAUCCCAAGUUAUCCGAUUUUGGCUUGGCAAAAGUAGGUCCAAUCGGUGAUAUGACUCAUGUUUCAACAAGAGUUAUGGGAACAUAUGGCUACUGUGCUCCAGAUUACGCAAUGACGGGUCAAUUGACGUCCAAGUCUGACAUUUAUAGCCUUGGAGUUGCUCUUUUGGAGCUUAUCACAGGCAGAAAGGCCUUCGACCCUAGUAAACCUGCUAAAGAACAAAAUCUUGUUGCAUGGGCAUAUCCGUUAUUCAAAGAACAAAGAAAAUUCUCAAAGAUGGUGGAUCCAUUGCUUGAAGGUCAAUAUCCAGCGAGGGGUUUGUACCAAGCCCUUGCUGUUGCUGCUAUGUGUGUUGAAGAGCAGUCUAGUAUGCGGCCGGUUAUAGCAGAUGUGGUCGCAGCUCUAGAUUUCAUUGCUUCACAUAAAUAUGAUCCACAAGUUCAUCCAAUACAAAGCUCGAGAUAAGGUUCAUCUUCUCCAAGGAGUGAAGGUCAUAGACGCGUUACAAGUAAUGACUCUGAGACAGACAGAUUGGGAGACUAGAAAAAGUGGAGUAGUGUUUUGAGACACUUACUUUACAGGAGAUAACAGGGUUGUCAAAUAGCGGCUAUAGUGCAACAGAAUUUGAACAAAUUGCUAUUGUGAAAUAGUUGUUUGCGGCAUUACAGUAUAACAAAGUCUAAACAACUAUUUCAAAUCUUUAUCAAGUAUCAACAUCACAUCCUCUGCAGAACCUGUAAUGAUUUCAAUUAAGACUGAUAUGGAGAAAAGGCAGAGAGAGAGAGAGAGAAUGGAUUGAGAGAAGGCUUAAAAGAAUUCACAAAUAUUUACCUGUGCUGGUUGAAAUCUGGGGAUAAUAUAGAGAUGAAUGUGCACCUUAAUGAAUCAAUUUACAAAGGAAUGAAUGUUGUUUAUGCGCUGUAUGAUUCAUUUUAUAUAUGAUUUGUUUCAUUGUAAUAUCUGUAAAAUAUAAUUGUGCUUUUCUUUUGGUACAGAAAGAGCGAUAUAAUUUUAUCUUUUAUAUUACAGAAUUAUGAUAAA